GGCCUCCCUGGUGGCACAGUGGUUAAGUCUCAGGGCUGUCCAGCUAUUGCCACUGCGGCUUGAGUUCAAGCUCCCACCAGGGAGAUGACCCACAUGGCGCUGACCCUUCUGACUCGCCCGUUUCUCCCCUCAACAGUAUAUUUCAGUAGAUCUGCCUGUUCUGCUCCCCACUCUGUCUCUGGUGAAUCCUCACACCCUCUACACCUCUGGCCUACACCCCAGUUCUUGUAUGCAUGAAAAAAUAAAAUCUUCUUUCCGGUGGUGGAGUCUGAAGAAGACGCGCAGAAAUGGCACCUCGCAAGGGGAAGGAAAAGAAGGGAGAACAGGUCAUCAGCCGCGGACCUCAGGUCGCCGAAGGAGAAAACGUAUUUGGUGUCUGCCACGUCUUUGCAUCCUUCAAUGACACUUUCGUCCAUGUCACUGAUCUCUCUGGCAAGGAAACCAUCUGCCGUGUAACUGGUGGGAUGAAGGUGAAGGCUGACCGAGAUGAAUCCUCACCAUAUGCUGCUAUGUUGGCAGCCCAGGAUGUGGCACAGAGGUGCAAGGAACUGGGCAUCACUGCCCUCCACAUCAAACUCCGGGCUACAGGAGGAAAUCGGACCAAGACUCCUGGACCUGGGGCACAGUCAGCCCUCAGAGCCCUUGACCGCUCAGGAAUGAAAAUUGGGCGGAUUGAGGAUGUCACCCUCAUCCCCUCUGAGAGCACCCGCAGGAAGGGGGGUCGCCGUGGUCGCCGUCUGUGAACAGGACUCUUCAAAUUAUUUUCUGUUAAAUUGCC